ACAACGAGAAGGGAGUUCACAAUGUGCGUUCAACGUCUGUGCCGCUGCUGUCAGUGUCGUUUGGUCAACGCUGCGCUCCGUACGUCGCUCAUCUUGCGCCCGCGGGAUCGGAAACUUUGGGAUUGCGGAUUCUGACGACUUCUGCGACGGGUGCUGCGAGAGUGUGAACUUCGUUUUGUGCCACGUACGAUACGAUCAUGGCUACGGUUGCGACUUCGGUGUCCGUGGACACUGAGGCGACUGCGGAUGGUGAGGAAGGCGCCGACGACGAGAACACUGCGGAUGACGAAAACGCGGAUGACCGUGAAAGAAUCACGGAUUGUGAAGCCGCCGCAGGUCGUGAAGUGCUCCCUGUGGAUGAAAAGAUCGUUGAUGUGGCUUUCGCGAAAGAGGUCGGUACUGCUGGUGGUGAACCGACUCAAGACGACAGGUGUGACGACCUGGAAACUAUUGGUGACAAAUCAACUAACGAUGAUAAACCAGCGGCGGCCUACGAGGAAACUACUUCGGACACCUUUGAAUGUGAUUCUUGCAGUGUAGUACUUGCGGAAGAUGUGGGAUUUGCUGGUAACAAGGCAGUCACAGAGGAAAAAGUUGCGACGGUCGACGAGAAGCCUGUGAGUGUAAGUGUUGCGAGUGAUGUGGGGGCUGUUCGCGACGUGAGAUUGGCAAGAAGCGAAGUAGUCGAAGACGACGAACAGGCGCUCGAUGAGGCGGUUUCAAGGGACGUGGAAACUGGUGAUGGCGAAGAUGCAGCGAGUGACGAGACAGUGGACGACGAAACAAGCCUUGAGGAUCGGGAUGUCGUUGCCGACGAGCCAGCUGACAUCUGCUGGAGCGAUCUGGUUAAGAAGGUGCCCUCGCAGUACCUAUGGUUCAAAGCCCUCCGGAGGAUACGGGACUCCUGGUCCCAACCGUGCGGUGCCGGCGGCGACGGACCCUACCCUAGAAGACCGUCGUGGGCACCCUUGGACACCGUCUCCCUUGCCGUCAGCAACCGGGACACCUCAACCACUGAUCCCCGCCGCCCAAUGUCCAUCGUGACCUUCCAUAAUGGCUCUUCCUCGGUGCAACCGUCAGACCAGGAGCUCUUGCAAUUCCCGGACGGGCACACGGCCAAGCUGUGGCGGACGGGCAAUCCCAACGCCAACUCUGUGGUCAUCUCGGUGUCCCCGGCCAGGAGCGAGUCCAACAAUUCCUUCCAGGACAGCUCGAGCACGGUGGUCGCUGGACCCACACCUAUUCUGCGAGGUUCCAUGGAUGGCAACCUGGAGAACAACAACAUUGCUUGCGUCAACGCGUCGUCCGGCAACCACGGUAGCGGAGCGAUCCAGCAGCAUUUCAAGAAAGGCUUCUCAUUUCGCGGCCUCAACUUCCCGCGCCUCACCAACAGCUUCAAGGACGACAAGCUGGAACUGGCCUACCAGGGGUACUCUCAUCGGCAGCGGCAGACGGCGCUGGUUAUCGUCAAUCUCAUCGACGUGUUUCUCAAGGUGGCCAUGUUGGUGGCGUUCUUUGUGGCGGGAGAAUUAGACGAACCGCGGUUGACGUGCGCCCUGCUUCGCAACCUGCCGUGGAUUGCGGUGAACUUGCUUCUGUGUCUUCUGACCUACUGGAAGUUCUUCGCCAGCAACUACCUCCAUUGGGGAGCGCUGCUAAUCUGGAUUGCACUCAACGCCGAAGGUAACGGCACCUUCGGCGUCACGUGGGGAUACCUCCAGUUCGAACCCGGGGGCGACGUGGCCGGGGACGGAUCCUGGCACGUGAUGUUCACCGUGUUCGUGACGUACGCCAUGCUGCCGCUGCCGCUCAAGUGGUGCAUCGUGUGCGGGGUGCUGGCGUCCCUGGGCCAUCUGCUCGUCUGCUGCCUCUACAGGGCGCACCUGGACAGACCCGAGUUUGAACGGAUGAUCCUCACCAACGCGUGCCUGUACGCCUGCAUCAACUUCGUGAGCAUGUACACCAAGUACCUCACGGACCGGGCCCAGCGAAACGCCUUUCUGGAGACGCGCAGAUCCAUCGAAACAAGGUACAGGACCGAGAAGGAAAUCAAAAAGCAGGUAAGAGCUCAUUUACUUUAUGAUUCUUUUCAAAUAGACGAGAGGCAGGACUGCUACUCGAAUUCACAAGUAACGAAUCAAAGCUAG